ACACAAUAUAGUAUUGUUCUGUCUGUAUGUUUCAUCUUCCGGUAAAACGCAGUGCAGGUCGCAUCAUUGCCCUCUAGUGGCCGAUGGCGGCGUUGCACCCUGCGUGUCACACAAGCGCUGCUCGCACGUCGUGCAGCCAAUCGCUUCCUUCAUGACGCCAGCGAGGCUGGACUCCACGGGGCUUCGACCUUUUUUGUUUUUUCAUGCUCAACACCCACGGAGGACGCACAUUUGGAGAAGAGACCCGGCAGCGGGAAGACCUCCAGCCAUGGCCGGGAUGCGCGCACCUGUGAUCCGCUCUCAGGGCUGAUGACUCCGGCCAAGCAGCACCUGUUUUGUCGGUCCUAUCACCAGGAAUAUAUUUUCUCGUGUUGUGGACUAUUUUGACUUUUAACUUGCACAAUGGAUGAAGAUGUGCUCAUGCAUGCACCAGUUUAGGCAUGCAUAAGAAAAGGAGGACUUUUUAAACAUUAUCGAAGCUUCUCUAAUGCAAAGCUUAUCAUUUGUGUGCCAAAAAAAAAAAAAAAAAAAAAAUGAUCAUGUUUCGUAAAUUCCGCUUCUUGCUCCUCAUGGUGUUCGUGGUGGCGUGCACGGUGCACAUCAUGAUCGACUUGUUGCCCAAGCUGGAGAAGAGAGCGUCGGGGCCGGACGGCGAGGAGAGCGGCUGCCAGUGUGCACGCCACGCCGGCAUGGAGGCGCCGGGCUGGGCCAAGCAUCGCGCCGCCAGGUCCGGGGCCAAAGACGCUCCGUGGCCCGACAAACACACGCUGAGGAUCCUGCAGGAUUUCAGCAGCGAGCCCAACUCCAACCACACGUCGCCGGAGAAGGGCGCCGGCGCCGGGGAGAGGGCGGAGACGGCCCGCGGGGUGGGAUGGGGGUCGACCGGGAAAAGUGAGGGACACAAGCCGCUCAUCGGAGAGGCGAGCGGGGGUCGGACGGUGACGGGAGCCGCUGCAUCAUCGCGACUCUCGGCUCUCUUUCAGCAUCCUUUGUACAAGAUUGGACUUCCCAGGCUUACGGACGUGGACACUUUAUUUAACCUCAACACUGACAUCAGACUUUAUCCGAGAACACCUGGCAACCAAGGAUGGGCUAACGAGGGUGACACCGACCAGGAGGAGGAGAACGAGGAGGAGAACGCCCCGGCGGUCCAGGCCACCGCGGAGUCCUACCCCAACUGGUUGCGUUUCCACAUCGGGAUCAACCGCUACGAGUUGUACGCCAGACACAACCCGGUGCUGGACGCUCUGCUCAAAGACCUGGUGGCGCAGAAGAUCACCAGCGUGGCUAUGAAAUCAGGAGGCACCCAGCUCAAGUUGAUCAUGACGUUCCAGAACUACGCCCAAGCUCUGUUCAAACCCAUGAAGCAGACCCGAGAGCAGGAAACCCCUCCGGACUUCUUCUACUUCUCGGACUUUGAGAGGCACAACUCGGAGAUCGCCGCCUUUCACUUGGACAGGAUCCUUGACUUCCGUAGGGUCCCCCCAGUGGCCGGACGGCUGGUCAACAUGACUCGAGAGAUCCGAGACGUGACGCGCGACAAAAAGCUGUGGAGGACUUUCUUCAUCUCGCCAGCCAACAACGUCUGCUUCUACGGCGAAUGUUCCUACUACUGCUCCACUGAGCACGCCCUGUGCGGUAAACCCGACCAGAUCGAAGGCUCCCUCGCCGCCUUCCUGCCGGACCUCAAUCUGGCCAAACGCAAGACGUGGCGGAACCCCUGGAGACGCUCUUACCACAAACGCAAGAAGGCGGAGUGGGAGGUUGAUCCAGAUUAUUGUGACGAGGUGAAGCAGACGCCCCCGUAUGACCGUGGCACUCGACUGCUGGACGUCAUGGACAUGACCAUCUUUGACUUCCUGAUGGGUAAUAUGGAUCGCCAUCAUUACGAGACCUUUGAGAAGUUUGGAAACGACACCUUCAUUAUUCACCUGGACAACGGAAGAGGGUUCGGGAAACACUCCCAUGAUGAGAUGUCCAUCCUGGUGCCUCUCAAUCAGUGCUGCAGGGUGAAGAAGUCCACGUAUCUCCGCCUCAAGCUGCUGUCUAAGGAAGAGUACCGGCUCAGCACUCUGAUGGAGGAGUCUCUCCUCCGGGACCACCUGUCCCCCGUCCUCAUCCAGCCUCACAUUCAGGCCAUGGACCGCCGACUGGGCCGGGUGUUGCAGGUCCUGGCUGACUGCUUGGCGAAAGAAGGCUACGCAAACGUGGUGGAGGAAGACAUGGACGGCAAAUCCAGCAUCCACAGGGGCUCCGGUCACAGGUAGUGAGUGAGGGGGGCGACGUCCUUGUCUGGAACAGGAACAAGGGACCGCUGGGAUGAAUCCCACUUUUUCGUAUCACGCUGAAUUCAGUGAAUUCCGAGACUUUUAACGUCCAUUCCUCUAUUUGAAGUGUGUUUAUACGGGAGACGGACACGCAGGAGGAGAAAGACGUGGACAUUUGUUGCAAAGGAGAUAAAAGACGUCGUGUAAAUGUUUGAUCACAUCAACACAGAGCAAGUGCAAAGAUGGGCGGGUCAGAAGAUAAGCUUUAUCAGUACUAACGCAUCUAAAGGGAAAUGUGCCAUGUUCUUAAAUGUACAUUAAUUAUUUCAAGUUUUUAUUCUCGUCUUCGGCAGCUAGUGUCUUUUCCCGCUUCACGCCAAAUACCGUAAAUGCUCUUAUUAUGGCCAAUUAAAACUCAUUACAGUAUAUACAGUCGAGGUCAAAAGCCUUGAGUUUCCAAUCAUUUCUACAACUCUUAUUUUUUUGUGAUAGAGUGAUUGCAGCACAUACUUGUUGGUCACAAAAAACAUUCAUGAAGUUUGGUUCCUUUAUGAAUUUAUUGUGGAAAAUGUGAGCAAAUCUGCCGGGUCAAAAGUAUACAUACAGCAACAUACAUUAUCAAUUUUGGUGAUGUAAAAAAGUUACUAUCCAAUCAAAUGAGCUUCAUGGCAUGGCCUCUUAACUUCAUGUGAGUGAUUAUGAUUGACGACUUUCUCCGAGCCCAUUUAAAUAGGGCUCAUGUGAUGCGGUCAUCAGACUCGGUUACAAACGCGACAAUAGGAAAGUCAAAGGAACUCGGUACAGAUCUGAAAAAACGAAUCAUUGACUUGAACAAGUCAGGAAAGUCACUCGGAGCCAUUUCAAAGCAGCUUAAGGUCCCAAGAGCAACUGUGCAGACAAUUGUUCGUAAGUAUAAAGUGCAUGGCACAGUUUUGUCACUGCCACGAUCAGGAAAAAAACGCAAGCUAUCACCUGCUGCUGAGAGAAAAUCGGUCAGGAUGAUCCAAGAGUCAACCGAGAACCACCGAAAAGCAGCUCUGCAAUGAAUUGGAAGCUGCUGGAACACAGGUAUCAGUGUCCACAGUCAAGCAUGUUUUGCAUCGCCACGGACUGAGAGGCGACACCUUAAGGCGCGACUAAAGUUUGCUGAUGAUCACAUGGACAAAGAUAAGACCUUCUGGAGGAAAGAUGUGUGGUCAGAUGUAGGGAUGUCCGAUAAUGGCUUUUUGCCGAUAUCCGAUAUGCCGAUAUUGUCCAACUCUUUAAUUACAGAUACCGAUAUCAACCGAUACCGAUAUCAACCGAUACAUACAGUCGUGGAAUUAACACAUUAUUAUGCCUAAUUUGGACAACCAGGUAUGGUGAAGAUAAGGUACUUUUUAAAAAAAAUGAAUCAAAUAAAAUAAGAUAAAUAAAUUAAAAAAUUUUCUUGAAUAAAAAAGAAAGUAAAACAAUAUAAAAACAGUUACAUAGAAACUAGUAAUUAAUGAAAAUGUGUAAAAUUAACUGUUAAAGGUU